AUGAGCGAUGAUCUAGAAGACCCCCGGUCCCCAUAUGGGGAUGAUAGGCCCCAUACUGAAUCGGAGUCAACACCUCUGCUAUGCACUCCAACUACUCGGCAGUAUUCUGUCUUCAUCAAAAGCCAAAAGCGAUUGAUCAUUCUCGCAGCAGCACUCGCCUCUGCCUUCUCUCCCUUGUCAGCAAACAUAUAUUUCCCAGCUCUGAACUCCAUCGCAAAGGAUUUGCAUGUCACCCCAUCUCAAAUCAAUCUAACCAUAACAACAUACAUGAUAUGUCAAGGUCUCGCACCGACAUUCACUGGCUCUCUAGCCGACCAAGCCGGUCGUCGACCCGCAUACAUCUACUGCUUCAUUGUCUACAUCGCAGGCAACAUCGCCCUAGCAAUUCAACACUGGUAUCCAACUCUACUAUUUUUACGCGCAGUCCAAAGCUGCGGUAGCAGUGGAACAGUGGCCCUUGCCUUCGCUGUCGCGGCCGAUAUAAUCACCCCUGCCGAGCGCGGUGCGUAUCUGGGUAUAGCCUCGCUGGGGAACAUUCUCGCCCCAUCGCUUGGUCCGGUCCUCGGGGGCCUGUUGAGUCAGUACUGGGGGUGGUCGGCGAUAUUCUGGUUCUUGGCUAUUCUGUCCAGUUGCUUCUUUUUUCCUUUCGUGCUUUUCUUCCCUGAGACAUGUCGGGGUAUGGUUGGUGAUGGUUCUGUGUAUCUUCCCUCCGCGUGGAAUCGUCCGCUUUGGAGUUCAUUCUUCUCGAGGAGAGAUGAAGAAGUUGAUCCUUCGAUUUUGACUUCGGCGCCUUUGAAUAAUUCGGCAAGGGGAUGGAAAGUUCCGAAUCCGUGGUCUUCGCUCCGAUUGCUCUUCGCUCGUCCGGUCGGGUUGUUGCUCUUCGCCAAUGGGGUUGUUUUCGGGAGCUACUACGCCGUGAUGGCGGGUAUUCCAGCUCAAUUUGAGGAUAUUUAUCGAAUCGACGAUUUCAGAAUCGGGCUUUGCUUUUUACCCGCUGGCCUUGGUUCAUUGCUCUCUGCUGUUGCGAAUGGCUUCGUCGUGGAUUGGAAUUACCGUCGAAUGAGGAGGGUGGAAGGAGAGACUACGAUCCACAGCGUUAAACAGGAUAUUCUCAUGUUCCCUGUGGAACGAGCAAGACUGCAGAUUUGCUUGCCUAUGGCCAUCCUCGCGGCAGCCUGCAUUGCAGUGUACGGGGUACUGAUUGCUCACAAAUACCCCUUGUGGGUUUCAUUGCUCAUGAUAUUUGCUGUCUGUUUCUGUAUCACGGCUGCGUACAAUGUCAUGAAUGUACUUAUCGUGGACUUGUACUACUCCACCCCGGCGACCGCAAUGGCAGCGAAUAACCUUGUUCGCUGCUCACUGGGCGCUGGCGCGGCUGCUGUCGUUGACCCUUUGAUUAACAAACUUGGUGUGCAAUGGACUAUGCCUUCAGUAAAUACAGCCCUCAGUUUUCUUGUGCUCCUUGCACACACACAGUUGUCCCUCCUCCCCCUUCAGGGCCAACGGCUGUCCUUGCGAUACCCUGAAGGGGAAUGGAUCACUCCAGGAUCAAUCCUUGAUAUAAUGGGAACAAAAUCUAUACCAGAAAUCGGUAGCUACGGCUUGUCCUGCCAAAAGCAUUACAUUAUGCUUUCGCUGGACACCGACGUUGUCAUGCCAAACACUGGGACCCAGACAGUGGUACUGCACUGGUACCAACCCCAUCUCGCCUUCAACUGCACAGAUGGAAAUCAUGAUGAGGGUACUAGUAGACGUCUAAGUCCUGACAAUAACUUAAACUCUACAACGGACUAUCUCGCACCGUACAUUGCACCCCAGCCACCGCCAAACUCGCACCAUCACUACAUCUUCCUGCUUUUCGCACAGCCACCAGACUACGGGUCCCCGAUGUGUUUCUCGCAUAUUCCUCCCAAGACACCCGAUGCACGUGCUGGGUUCGACCUCCGCCAGUUUAUGCAUGCCGCUGGGUUAGAUCCGCCGGUUGCUGUCAAUUACUUCUUCGGCCGGAAUCAGGCUUCGGAUCAUAACAGCCCGCCGCCUUCUUCGAGUGUGACCACUACCUCGUUCCGAUCGGUGACCUGUACGACUGUUCCUACUGGGUUCUUCAGACAGAUGUGA